AUGUCGGCCGGGCAAGCCAUCAGCUGCGCUUGGGCCACCGCCCUGGCCGUGAGCGAGCUUUUGCCGGCCACGGCGGCUACCAAGAGGAUGGGCCCGGGCUCUGGCGCCGCGAGCACGGCGGGACGGAGGUCGACACUGGUCAGCACCGCGGCUGGUGACGCCGCGAGGCGCCCGCCAACUCUCGGCGACGGUGAGACGGUGCAAGAUGUGCAGCUCUCGGCAGACGUCGAGGCGCUCGAGCUGCGGUGCAACGAGCCGCUCCGCUCCCGUACGACCCGCUUGUACAGUGACAAGUGGCACGGUUCGCUCCCGUCUACACGCUCGACUUCCUCACCAGGGUGGGGCAGACGUUCCCAGGCUCGACGCCUGGGAGUGUUGUCCUAUCAUCCGCGCUCGUCGGCGACUCGACCGACUUCCCCAGCGAGAGUGUUGCGAGCAACAGGGUCGCCUCGGCGGCUUGAGCUGCGCAGCGACAGAUCACUCCUCACCAGGCAAGCUGCGGCCCGGACGGCCGCGUCUCGUAGUUGCACACCCGUGGCGACUACGUUCCCGCGGCGGUGACAAUGUCCCGUGUUGACGACGGGAGACACUGGUGUCACGCGCCGGCUUGCUUGCGGCUCGGCGCGCGCGCCGCCGCGCGUGGCGGCCGCGUGAGGCGUUGCACACCCUCGUUCGGGCGUGUGUCGUGGCUGUGUUAUGUGUGUUUGGUCCUUGCCCCCAGAUUUUGUCUUUUUACAAUGGGUACUCAUGGGGAA